UAAUUAACCCGAACCACGCGCUCGCAGAAAAUUAUGUAAUUAGCCCCCCGAAGUCUCAAGAACCACACACACGCAGACAGCAGCGGAGAAGCCCACGCCGCCGUCCCUGCUCUCUCUACUCUCCUCUCCUCUCCAAUGGCCGCCGCCUCCACCUCUCUUCUUCAAUCCCUCUCCUCUCCCUUCCCAUUACCUAGUCGGAUGCUCACCUCCUCCUCCAUCUCCGGCCGAUGCCCCGCCGCGCUCCUCGUCCGUCGCCCGCAUCGGACGGCUCGAAACCCUCCCUCGCACGUCGCCGGCGUGCGGAGGAGGAGGAGCGGAGGCCAUGCUCGUGCCGCCUAUGUCUCCGCCCCUGCAGCCGACCCCGAUCCCGUCGCCAAGGAUGAAAGUCCCGCGGCGGACGUCUUGUCCCUGCCGCCUGUUGCCAUUAGCUGGAGCGUCAUCUGGUCUCUCCUCUCCCGUCACAAGAUUCGGAUGGCCGUCUCGCUCGCCUCUCUAGUUGGAUGCACUUCUUGUACCCUCGCGAUGCCUAUCUUCUCUGGGAAGUUCUUUCAGACACUUACAGGGACAGUUUCUGAGCCUUUAUGGAGACUUCUAUCUCAGAUUGCCUUUUUGUAUUCUUUGGAACCCAUCUUUACUAUAAUCUUCGUCACCAACAUGACCAUUAUAUGGGAGUCUGUGAUGGCAAAUCUAAGAGGCCAGAUAUUUAGACAGAUAUUGAUUCAAAAGGUGGAGUUUUUUGACCGUCAUAAGGUUGGUGAAUUGACUGGGUUGUUGACAUCUGACUUGGGUUCUUUAAAGGAUAUUGUCAAUGAGAAUAUUUCAAGAGAUCGUGGGCUGAGAGCACUCUCUGAGGUUGUUGGUACGAUAUGCAUACUUUUCACACUCUCGACACAGUUGGCUCCUAUCUUAGCGUUGCUGAUGGUGGUUAUAUCUGUUUUAGUAGCUGUGUUUAAGCGGUCAACUGUUCCUGUCUUCAUAUCUCAUGGAAUGGUGCAAGCAAGCAUAUCAGACUGUGCAACUGAAACAUUUUCUGCAAUUCGUACUGUUAGAUCUUUUGCUGGUGAGAAGCGACAGUUCUCCAUCUUCAGAAAUUUGGUACUUGCUUACCAGAACAAUGGCAUAAAACUUGGUACUUUGAAGUCUGCAAAUGAGUCCUUGACAAGGACAGUAGUCUACAUUUCUCUGAUGGCACUUUAUUGUCUUGGUGGAAGCAAAGUCAAGGCGGGUGAACUGUCUGUUGGAACUAUGGUUUCUUUUAUUGGUUACACUUUCACGCUAACUUUUGCGGUUCAAGGGGGUGUCAACACUCUCGGUGAUCUCCGCCGGACUUUUGCUGCUGCUGAAAGAAUUAAUUCUAUUCUUUCUCUAGCGGAAAUUGACAUGUCACUUGCAUAUGGUUUAGAGAAAGAACUCCAAACAACUGAAGUAGAUAUCAAUCUUGGUUUGAAUCAUGAAGACGUUUAUCAUAAGAAGAAACAAAGCAAGCAUUACAUGUUAGAACUGAGAUCAGCAAGUGAUGGGUGUAAUCUAGCUUGGUCAGGUGACAUCUGUCUAGAAGAUAUAUACUUCUCUUAUCCUUUAAGGUCUGAUGUGGAGGUCUUGAGUGGUCUGAAUCUGACCCUCGAAUGUGGAAAGAUAACAGCACUAGUGGGACCCAGUGGUGCUGGAAAAAGUACGAUAGUACAACUUCUGGCACGCUUUUAUGAGCCAACGAGGGGUCGGAUCACUGUAGCAGGAGAAGAUAUCAGAACUUUUGAUAGGAGGGAAUGGGCCCGGGUUGUGUCUCUAGUGAAUCAGGAACCAGUUCUAUUUUCAGUAUCAAUUGGAGAAAAUAUUGCAUAUGGGCUUCCUGAUGAGACUGUCUCCAAGGAUGAUAUAAUUAAGGCAGCUAAAGCUGCCAAUGCUCAUGAAUUCAUAAUCUCACUUCCUCAGGGUUAUGACACACUAGUUGGUGAACGUGGAAGCCUAUUAAGUGGUGGACAGAGACAGAGGAUUGCUAUAGCACGAGCUCUUCUUAAGAAUGCUCCAAUUUUAAUACUUGAUGAGGCCACCAGUGCUCUGGAUGCAACUAGUGAGUCCCUAGUGCAGCAGGCUCUGGAUCACUUGAUGAAAGGAAGGACAUCCUUGGUGAUUGCCCAUAGAUUAAGUACUGUACAAAAUGCAAAUCAAAUUGCUCUUUGCUCAGGCGGUAGGAUAGCAGAACUAGGAACCCACUUUGAGUUGUUGGCAAAGAAAGGUCAAUAUGCCUCAUUGGUUGGAACACAGCGCCUUGCGUUUGAAUGAGGGUUUCAUAUUUCUGUCAGAUAUACAACGUAGCCGUCUAGCAACUUGUGCAAGCAAACAAGAUUCGGGUUUUGAUUCAUGCUGGAACUUGUUAGUGGAAAGAUCUGCUUCUCUCACCAAAUCAUGGAGGAUAGUUGGGUGUCUGCACAUUUGCCAACCGAAGGAUAGGUAUAAGAAAUUUGAUGAAUGUUGUUGCCAUAUACGAAUCUGCGUUAUCCUGUAUGUGUUACUGUUAAAAACGUGGAAUAGCUUAGCUAAUCAAUGGCACAUCUGACUUUGUGUAAAAUAUAAUCUACUACCGACUACAAUAAGAUCCACAGUUUGUUUUUUGGUGCUACAGAAAUGGAUUGCUGUUAAGAUGA